UUCCUCUCCUCACCCUGCCAGAUGUCUUGGUCAAUAAUUCACUCACUAAUCCGUCCAGAGGCCUUUAUAAGAGGCAGAGCCGGUGCCCAGAGACCACAGAAGAAACUCUCCUCCAUACUGAGAAGCGUCUCCCAUCAUCUGAAAAUGAGAGUGCUCAGCGUCGUCCUUGUUGUGCUGCUGUUUGUGUGCAGAGGAGCUCAAGGUGUGCAGGUUAAAGUUGGAGACAGGAACUUCCCCUUAGAGGCAGUGAAGCAGCUGAAUGAGCUGAUGGAUUUAGACGACAGCGUCAGCCCCCACCUCUCCUGGACGAGCGUUGUAGCCGUUUGCACCAACCCCAUCCUGCCGCAGGUCUUUAGGCCAGUGUGUCAAGAGAAAGGAGCCGGCAUCGUUUUCUCCAAACUAAUGUUAAUCAUCACGUCUUACGAUCCUUGUGAAAUAUGUGCCAACCCCUCCUGCUUUGGGUGUCUGAUCUGAGGCUGCCAUCUGCUAGAGACAUAAAACUCAUCGACUGAGAGCCUCUGAGGUCGUCAUCCUCC